ACUAGAUCCAGAUCCCUUCGGAUACGAUCCGCUGCUUGGCAGGGCCCAGCUGGCGAUCAAACAUGGCCAACUCCACAGAACGCUUGGAAGCCCGCCAGCGCUAAAUCCGACAGCAUGUGCCUUGCUUGAAGCCGUGUGUUUACCUAUCUUACCCCUCUUUCCUCUCUUUCUCUCUUUCUCUUUUUUUCUCUCAUACCUCCACAUUCUCUCUAACCUCGCAGCAUUCCCCCUGAGCAUUUUCCAACAUGUCCUAUCCUAUGACCCAGAUCGGCAACCAUGCCUUCAAUCACUCGCAGUCGGCCGACACCGAGGCCGAAUAUGACCGCCUGCGCGACCUGGCCCGCCAAGAGCACGCCAAACGCUCCGACUGCUUCGACAAGGCACACGAAGCGUACGAGAACGGUGACGGCGCGAAGGCGCACGAGCUGAGCGAGGCGGGCAAGCGCCACGGCCGCAAGAUGGACGAGUACAACAAGCAGGCGUCCGAGUUCAUCUUCCGGGAGAACAACGCCGAGGGUCGCGUUGACGGCGACGAGCUGGACCUGCACGGCCAGUUCGUCGAGGAGGCCGAGGACAUCUUCGAGCAGCGCGUGCGCGCCGCCCAGCAGCAGGGCCAGACCCACCUGCACGUCAUCGUCGGCAAGGGCAACCACUCGGCCCACCACGUCCAGAAGCUCAAGCCCCGCGUCGAGAAGGUCUGCCAGGAGAUGGGCUUAAAGUACCGCACCGAGGAGAACGCCGGCCGCAUCUACGUCGACUUGACUGGCGGCGAGGACCACUUGCCCAGCCACCUUGGCGGCGGAGGAAAGCUUCCCGAGAAGCACAACAAGCCUCAACAGCAGCACCAGCAGCAGCACCACCAGCCCCAGCAGCACCACGAGCCCCAGCACCACGAGCCGAAGCCCCACCAGCAGCCCCAGGCCGUUCCCCAGCAACCGGCCCAGCACCAGGAGCCCGAGGAGGUGGCCCCGCGCAAGGGCGCUCUUCCCAAGGUUUUCCGCAUGUUCAAGAGCUGCUGCACAGUCAUGUGA